UUAAUUAGGGUUUAAGGUUCAACACUCAUCAAUCUCUCAGAAAUCACACUAUCAGCAGCGAAUCAAUGGGGUCUAGGGUUUCACUAAAGAGCAAAGGAAAAGGCAGCAGCAGCGGAAAAGGAUCAAAAUCCAUAGAAGAGAAAUCAACAGUGCAGUGUUUGAAAGAAUGGAGCACUUGGGGUUUGAAGAAAGCCAAAGUUAUUACUCAUUACGGAUUUAUUCCUCUCGUUAUCAUCAUCGGCAUGACUUCCGAUCCUCAGCCUCAGCUUUAUCAGCUCUUAACCCCGGUUUGAUUUUGUAAAACCGAAUUUAAUGAUCACCCAGAUCGUGGUUUGGGUUGUUUGUUUUUGGGUCGAUGCUUAUUUGUCGAAUCUUCAAGGGUUGGUAUUAUGAGGUUUUAUGGUAUUAUGUAAGUUUUAAUUAGUUAGAGUAAUAUUUGAUAAAGUUUGAAUCUUUUUUAUGGGUUUUGAAUGUUUUGUGUAAUAAUUGCCUGUCUUAUUGAUUAGGGUUUUGGUUUGAUUUC